CCUCUAUCGACACAUUGCUUGUUGGUCGAACAGAGUCCUGUUUUUCGCGAAUUUUCAGAAUUUAUGAAUAAUUUGUCAUUAUUUUGCUUCCACGUGCUCACUUGAAGACGGAAGAAAGAAUCUUUGUUACAAAGUUAUACACCACGGAGUUUGUAAAUAGUUGGAGAGGACUUGUAAACAAGGACGUCAAUCUUGGUUGAAAGUGUUUCUCUCAAAAUGGCUUCAGCCUAUGGCUAGUCGCGAGUUCGAACAUUUUGUUGCCGUCGCUUCAUCGCCUAAAAUUUCACCAGGGAUUUGGUGUAAUAAUCAUCAUCAUCUCUUUAAAAUCUAUAUUGGAAAAAGACUAAAUAUUCUGUUCAAAUUGGAGAAGUUUUAGUUCUAUCAAGAUGCCACUAAGAGGAAAAAAGAAAAGUAAGAGUUCUGUAACUGAGAUGGAGACAGUGCCUAGUACUCCAGACUCUUCAAUACCCAGAGUAUCCAGUGAUGUGACUGAGAAAGUAGCAGCGGAACAAGAAUUGUCACCCCCACCAUGGCGCAGAGCAUCUUUCGAUGGUGAUAUCAUGAAAAUGUUAACACCUAAAAACAGUUUUAUAGCAGAUAUUGCUAUGGAUGAAGCCUCUGGAGGAAGCCAUCAUUACUACGAUGAGCGAGACUACCAGUUGCAUCGAAGAUCUAGUUAUCACCACCAUUCAGCAUUUGGUCAUCACCGCCGUUCUAGUGGUAGAAGCCUCAGUAGAGCUGGAUCAAAAACUCCCAGUUUUUAUGUCACACCAUCUCAAAAAAGUCUACAGAGGGGAGUAACUCCAAAAUCCUCAUCUAAGUCAUUAACAAGGAGUGUACCAGAAGAAGAUGAAAUUGAUGGAGCAGCUGCUGAAAAACCAAAGUUCACUCUCGGUGGCGAACCAUUGAACCAUGACAAGAUACUUGAGAGAGACCAGAGUGUUGAGUCUGAGUUAGGAGAUCGGAAAGAUUCUGCUGUACUAGAUAAUGAACCAGGUGUCUCUGGUGUUCAUUCUGUGGACGCCAAACCAGAAAUAAAAGAUAUCAAGUCAGAUACAGAGGAGGAAGAAAAGACAAAGGAUGGUAGUGGCGAGGAUGACAAUGAUGAUAAUAAAGUGGCGAAAGAGGAUGAUGAUGAUGUGGCAAAGAGGAAAGAGGCUGAACAGGAGGAAGCUAAUGAUGAACUUUUAGAAUUAGAGAGCCUUGAUGUUAUGACACCACGUAUAAAACAUAAACGCAAGCACAGACGCAGACAUAAGCGACAUUAUAAAGUUCCAGAAGUUGUACUCUCCCAAGAAGGAGAAAUGCACGAGGAUGGAAGAGACCCGGAUGCGGAAUUUUUAAUUGCCAGCCAUCGUUUGGAGAAUGUACCUGGUAUGCGUAGACACUUGAUUCGUAGGGUCAGCUCUGUAAUGCAUCCAGGUAGAAGACGUGAACAUUUAUUUCCCCCUGAAGAAAAAGAACCUUUCAAAUCAGCAUUCAAUUUUGGACUGAAACUAAAAAAGAAAUAUGAUCAUCAGCCUCAUGAGGUGUUUGUUGAGUUGGAUGAGCUCUAUAAAAACACAGAUGGACAGAUGGCAUGGAAAGAGAAAGCAAGAUGGAUCAAGUUUGAAGAAGAUGUAGAGGAAGGAGCUGAUAGAUGGGGAAAACCUCAUGUGGCGUCAAUGUCAUUUCAUAGUCUACUAGAACUUAGAAGAGGACUUGAACAAGGUACUGUUUUACUUGAUUUGGAUGAGAGAGAUAUUUCUGGCAUAUCAUAUCAGAUAGUGGAACAGAUGAUUGUAUCAGAUCAAAUAAAAGAGGAGGAAAGAGGUGACGUAUUGAGGGCAUUGCUCAUGCAGCAUAGGUAUGUGAAUAUUGGGGGAUUCAUACAUAUAAAGGAAACGCCAGGUCUGUUUAGAACCCUUUCAUCAUCCAGUCUACCUUCACUCAAAAUUUCAACUUCAGAUUCUGCUAAGAAUCUCGAAAAAAACUUCAGUUUUGGUCGACUACGAAAUAACAAGUCACAUUAUGAAACAAAAAUUGACAUUGAUGGAAAGAUUGUGAACCAUGUUGAGGUGAGCUCACCACUUUUAGCAUCACCACUACGCGGCUCAACAGCUAACAACAAUCUAUCUGAUACAAAUACUGCCUCACAACAGGAUAUUCUUGAUGCUAUUAAUGAAUUCUUGGAUGAAAGUAUUGUUUUACCUCCUGGUGACUGGAAUAGAGAUACAUUAUUACCCAUAGCAAGAGUGCACAGAAAGAAAAUGAAGUGGAAGCAGAUGUUAAAAGAAAGGGAAGAAAAUGCCUCACGAAAUUCCAAGCAUCCUGAUAAUAUCGAUCCACUUAAAAGAACCGGUUGUUUAUUUGGUGGUAUGGUUAAUGACAUCAGAAGACGUUUUCCCCGAUAUUCAAGUGAUUUUAAAGAUGCCUUUAAUUUACAAUCUUUUGCUGCUGUGAUAUUUAUUUACUUUGCUGCUCUUUCUCCUGCCAUCACAUUUGGAGGUCUUCUUGGUGAGAAGACUGAUAAAUGGAUGGGUGUAAGUGAAAUGGUAGUAGGUACUGCUGUCUGUGGUGUUAUAUUUGCUCUAUUUUCAGCACAACCAUUACAUAUAAUAGGAGCUACAGGUCCUGUUCUUAUAUUUGAGGAAGCAGUAUAUCAGUUUUGUGAAACCAGCAAUAUAGAGUUCUUGCCAUUUCGUGCCUGGAUCGGUAUAUGGGUGUUUCUCGUUACUGUCAUUGUAGUGGCAUUCGAAGGAAGCACCUUGGUUCGAUAUUUUACAAGAUUUACAGAAGAGAUAUUUACUGCAUUGGUAUCUCUUAUAUUUAUAUUUGAAGUAUUUAAGAAACUUGCAUUGAUUUUCGAAACCCAUCCAUUGUUAGAUGAUUAUUGCUGGGAUGAAGACUAUAUGUAUGAUAAUAUAUAUAAUACAACAAACCAUACCACAACAUUGACAGAAAGUUAUGAAAAUGCAGUUACUGCUCCGUCUAAUAUCUCCAUACCCAUGGUCCCUAUUCAAGACAUAGCAAAGCCUGUCAAUCAACCAAACACAGCUCUGCUUUCCACUAUCCUAACAUUAGGAACAUUUUUUAUUGCUUAUUUUUUUCGGAAAUUUAGGAAUAGCAGGUUCCUGUCAAACAUGGUACGUAAAAUGUUACAAGAUUUUGGUGUACUUAUUGCAAUUGUUACAAUGGUAUUAGUAGAUGUUUCAAUAAAAAAUGUCUAUACACAGAAACUGGAGGUACCAGAUGGUAUCACGCCCACCGCACCGCAAAAGAGAGGCUGGUUUAUAAACCCAUUCGGUUUGCAAACUACUAUACAAACUUGGGUAAUAUUUGCAGCAUUAAUACCGGCACUAUUAGUCUUCAUUCUUUUGUAUAUGGAAACACUUAUUACAGAACUUAUUGUUGGCAAAAAAGAAAACAAUUUAAAGAAAGGGACAGGGUAUCAUCUUAACCUCUUCUUGAUUGGUCUCCUGGUUGUUGGCAGCUCUAUGUUUGGCCUUCCAUGGUUAUGUUGUGCCACCGUGCGUUCAGUGUCUCACACUACCAGUCUGACAGUUUUGAGUAAAACACAUGCUCCUGGUGAGAAACCCAAAAUAGAAGGUGUGAUAGAACAACGAGUCACUGCACUAUUUGUUAAUAUACUGAUUGGUGUUUCACUGGCUUUGCAAGAUGUUUUGCGUCAAGUACCCAUAGCAGUAUUAUUUGGUGUGUUUCUAUAUAUGGGUGUGACGUCAUUGAGUGGUAUACAGUUUUUUGAAAGAAUGCAGAUGUUAUUACAGCCUGCUAAACACCAUCCCGAUGUCAGAUAUGUCAGAAAAGUUAGAACAUACAGAAUACACUUAUUUACUCUACUACAGUUAGUAUGUCUGGCUUUAUUGUGGGUGGUGAAGUCAACUGUUGUAGCAUUAGCUUUUCCAUUUGUCCUCGUUCUCAUGGUACCAGUACGAUUGAAGGUUCUUGCACGGAUAUUUACACCAAUUGAACUAGACGCAAUUGACAAUGAUGAAGGUGAGGAUGAUGAUGAUGAUGAUUUGGAUGUAUAUAGGCGGGUACAUAUGCCAUUAUAAACAUUCAACUUUCUAGCAUACAUCUGUGCUAGCUAUAUUUGGUGACAUAGUUGUGCUGUAACACAAUACAUGUACAAUACAUAAUAAUAUCCAAGGGUUACUGCUUUGCUGAAUGCGAAUGCGAAUGUGAAGAUGAUUAAAACCGCACAGUGGUGAAUCAUAGAAUAAUGCUCCUUGACUGAUAUGAAAAAUAUUGAAAUGUUUGAAGACAAUCUACUUUAUGGAUGGUGCUAUGUGAUGUACUUGAUGCUGUGAUAAUUAUUUAA